AUGUGGCGUUCCUCAGUUCACCCUUUAGUGGAGACGUUUGGAGCGACAGAAAUAUCGUUGUUGGAGUUUGAUGUUAUUGGCUCAACGCCGCAGCGUAGCGUGGAGAAUCUGCGAGGGCAUAUCAGAUCUCUGGUUGACUCCGUCGAAAAGGAGGCCACGCUCGUAACCGUCAUUCAACUUCUUGAGUCGGAGCGGCAGGGGCUCUCGGAGCCCUCCACAACCACCGUGGACACGCGUGGCGGGGACAACAACAAUUUGUCGCCUGCCUCGUCACUGAUAGCGAAGCUCUCGUUCAACUACGAGUCGCACCCUUCUGGCGGCGAAGCCCCACCCACCCCUCACAACAGCAACUGGAAUUCUGUCAGCACGGCAGGUCGAGAAUUACCGUCUCAGCAAGAGCGGACGCGGGAGUUCGUGGAGACUGAAGAUGCAGCGCACGUGGCGGAACGCGCGGAGGCGAAGAGAGUAAAUGAAGAUGAGAUGGAGAGAGCUGCCGAGCUGGAUGGAUGCCCUCAGCCGCCGCCGCCCCUAAUUGCCAGCAGAGGGGAGCCAUUGGUGAGUUACGGACGACGCGCCGCGGUGUCAGCGGAGUCUUUGCCGCUGAACGUGAUAAGAAGCUACAGCCCGCCGGUGGUAGCAAAAUCUCCUGAAGAGGAGCGAAUCGUCCGGGCUGGUGUCAUGGCGUGCCACCUGUUUAGCAACAUGGAUAGCAAGGAUCAGUCCAUUAUUGUUCAGGCGUUAAAACGGGUCACCUUUCCUGCGGGGACGGAUAUUCUGAAACAGGAUGGGGCUUCUGUAGAAAAAUUGUUUCUCCUUACACAAGGAUCCUGUGAUGUCAUCAAAAAUGGCAAAAGGGUACAUACAUUACUGGAGUGUAGUACAUUUGGAGAGAUGGAAAUGAUGUACAAUCUUCCGACGUGUGUGGCGACUAUUCGAAGUGUGACAAACUGUGUUCUCUACACAUUGGAUCAGUAUACAUACCAGAAUAUUGUACUUGCUGCUUCUUUGCAUAAGCGGGAGAAGUACGAAGCGUUGCUGUCCAAUGUGCAAUUUCUCCGUGAA